GAUGCUUGUCUCAUUUUUUUGUGGGUUCGAAGGUGGAUGAAAGCCAUUGGUUCUGGGGAGCUGAUGACGGUGAGAGCGCACCGUGUUCUCCAGGAGCGCCUUCUUCAGCUUCUUUCUGCACCCAGCAGCUGGGACCACAGCACCAUGUGGAGCUGAGCUGCAUCUUUCUCUCUCUCUCUCUCUCUCUCUCUCUCUCUCUCUUUUUUUACGCUUUAAACUCUCUUUUUCCCAGCCAUCAUCAGCUCUGGUUCAUUUCAGAGCGCGUCCCAGGAGCGCGCAGAGCGGCGCACAUUUGGAGACAAGGGGGGGAAAAAAACAAAAAAACAACAACAACAAAAAAAAACAAUCAGUGCUCAGUGCAGCGCAGGCAGGUCUUUGCUCUUUUAAAAAGCAGCAGGGACGGCUGGCUGCUGGAGAGUUUGGCGCUGUCGGUGCAGGAGCGAAGACGGACUCCGCUGGUGGUGGUGGGGGGAAAAAAAACAAGAAUUAAAAACAGCGGAAUAAAGAGAACUUGGAUAUGGCUGCUGUGAAGACGUUCAACCUUCUCGCUGGAGUUGUUUCGUUGUUGCUCUGUGUGUGGAAUAUCCGAGCGGACCUCGGCGACGGGGUCUCUUAUUCGUAUGUGUUGGAGCGAGAUGGAGACGAGGGCGCAGCGGUGGACGUAAGGCUGUACAGUCACCGGUGGAGGAGGUGGCUUCCCCCAAAACCUCGUAACAUGGACAGCAACAGGGCCAGCCAGGAGCAGGAACAGGAGCCGGAGCCGGAGGAGCUGGAAGGUUUCCCCGGGCUGCUGUCCGCAGAGGACACAGACAACAGCUCCCAGAUUGAGGAAGACAUGGAUCACAACUACUACACAUCAAAAACAUACGGACCGUCAGAUCCUAUGAGCAAAGACUUGUGGGUAAAUAUUGACCAGAUGGAGAAGGACAAAGUGAAGAUCCAUGGGAUUCUGUCUAACACACACAGACAGGCGGCGAGAGUUAAUCUGUCUUUCGAUUUCCCGUUUUAUGGACAUCUCCUGCGUGAAAUCACUGUAGCAACUGGUGGUUUUAUUUAUACCGGAGAUGUCGUCCAUCGGAUGCUCACAGCGACACAGUACAUCGCUCCUCUGAUGGCCAACUUUGACCCAAGUGUCUCCAGAAACUCUACUGUUAUCUAUUUUGACAAUGGCACUGCUCUGGUGGUGCAGUGGGACCACGUCCACCUGCAGGACAACUAUAACUUGGGCAGCUUCACCUUCCAGGCCACACUGCACAACACAGGAAGGAUUGUCUUUGCAUAUAAAGAGCUCCCCAUUGAGAUAUCACAAAUCAGUUCUGUCAAUCACCCGGUGAAGGUGGGCCUGUCUGACGCCUUUGUGGUGGUCCACAAGAUCCAGCAAAUACCCAACGUAAGACGGAGGACGAUUUAUGAGUACCACCGCGUGGAGCUUACAAAGACGAGGAUCACCAACUCUUCGGCUGUGGAAAUCAUACCUUUACCCACCUGUAUCCAGUUCACCAGCUGUAGUACCUGCAUCUCCUCUCAGAUUAACUUCAACUGCAGCUGGUGUCAUCGGCUCAACAGAUGUUCCAGCGGCUUUGACCGCCAUCGACAGGACUGGGUGGAUAACAGCUGCCCAGAUGAGACCAAAGACAAGAUGUGCGACAUAGACGACACGACGCAACUGCACACCUUCACCACCACUAUCACUGCCAGAACGGCAUCGAGAAGUAAAGGAAGCACAGCAGGCUGGGGCACACCUUCCACCUCUCAUCCUCCCACCAGCGCUCCUACUGAAGAUGACACCAAGAUUGCGCUGCAUCUCAGAGACAACCAAGUAAUGCCAGCUGACAGCGCCGUCAACAGGGUGCCAGGCACGCAUCCUCUGCACACCGGUAUGAUCUUGGGCAUCCUGCUGGUGAUGCUCAUCAUGAUUGCCGGCGUUCUGAUCACGGUCUACAUGUACCAUCACCCAACCUCUGCUGCCAGCCUCUUCCUCAUCGAGAGACGCCCGAGCAGGUGGCCGGCCAUGAAAUUUCGCCGGGGUUCAGGUCAUCCCGCGUACGCUGAGGUGGAGCCGGUGGGCCACGAGAAGGAGGGCUUCAUCGAGUCAGAGCAGUGCUGAGGGAGGAGGUGAGGCAUUCUCAUCCCCCACUUGGUGCCUCCCUCUCAACCCAUCCUGCUUCACCGGGAGCCUCUCACCCAGAACCUCCAGGAUCGACCUAUCGGAGCUUUGGUAAAACUCUGAAUUUGGCCCUUUAGAGCUAGAUGAAACCCACUGAACAGCUCCUGUCGGUGAGGAACAGACUUGCCGGGGACAGGGGGGGAUGGGACGGCACUGAGGCAUCAUCAAUUCAGCUGGCAUUGAUAAGGAUUUCUGGCUGCUGGAGGGACUGGACUGACUGGGUUGUUUUUAUCCAAGCAGGAAGCAGGGUGACCUAUAUAAUAUAUAUUUUCAGAACCAAUACAGAGUAAGUGAACAGAGACUUCCACUUGAUUGUCAGUGGUGUUAUAAGCCUUUGUAUAUCCAUCUGGUUUAUACUAGUUUUCCUUUUUAAUUCCCUUUUUUUUUUUUUGCAAUUAUCAGUACGAUAGGCUUGGCACAUUUCUCUGUUGGUACUGCUUUUCAAUACCUCAGCAGAUGUAAUUGACUUUUCCACAGCCUGCUCUGCUGUGCGACAUGACGUGAGCUGAACAGUCAUUGAGAUCAAUCAGAGCCCUGAACACUCAGCUUCUUUUUUUAUGGGUUAGUUUAUGAUGAUCGGCUGGGGAAACUUUGUGUUUUUAUUUUUUUUGUUUUCAUGGGUGAUGGGAACAUUUGUUUUGUGUUUUUUUUUUUUUUUUUUAUAUUCAUUAAGGCCGUGCCCUUUUGUCCCUGACUAGAAUUUGCACAGUUUUUUUCU